AAGUUGUCCCGGGAGACGCUAACAACUGCGUGGAAAAGUGCGGUCGACACUUUUUUUGUCCCGCUAUCUGUUUAAUGGACAACUUUCAGGAACAAAAGGUUUAAUUCAACAGGAUUAACAUGCAGCCCAAAUACGCCUAAGUGUCUUCUUGUUCCAGUUCCCGGGGACAUGAAACUCACUCCCCAGCAAGCUCCACUGUAUGGCCGCUGCGUGAUCACGGUGCAGCUCGCCGAUGAGGAGCUGGCUGUGGACGAGGAGGGCGCCGACUACUUCCUGCUGUUUGUCGGCAGCACACAGAGGCACCUGACCAGCACACUGAGGAGCGGCCAUGACACCUUGCAGGCGCUGUGUCCCGCUCACGACUGUUGCGAGGAAGUGUCGGUCACCCUGUGCUCGGUCUCCUGCGGCGAGCCGGAGGCCCGCGGGGAUCUGAAGACGCACCCGGCUCCUUUGGCCGAGCAUCGCUUCAGCUUUGUUCAGGACAUGGCGUUCGACAUGGCCCAGUUACUGGUGAGCACGGUGGGCCGGACCGACGGCCUGGACGCGGCGCUGCUCCUGGACGAGUUUCACAUCCCCGUGCGGGAGUGCGAGCGUCUGGAUGAGAGUUUGGCCCUGGCCCUCCACCACAUCCCGCUUCCCCCGGGAUGGAGCCUGCUGGGGAACAAGCACACCAACGACACCGAUCCGGUUCCCCGCGAGACCCUGCUGCAUUUUUCCGCCCGCCGGGGCCUCCAUCGCGUCACAAACUUCCUGUUGCGACAGCCGGGAGCCGGGGAAGCCGUGCGACUGGCCAACCGGCAGGGCCACACCCCCGCCGCCGUCGCUGCGAUGCGGGGCCACGACGCCCUCCACGAGCUCCUGGCACAGGCCGAGUCGGGAGAAGGGCCCGAGUGCGUCCAGCUGGUCCCGACAGACGCCCGCGUCGCCUGCCACCUCCCCCGGCUGCGCACGCACACGCUGACGCAGAGCGUUCGCCCGGGCUGCGAUCCGCCGACCCUCGGCCUGAGCGUGGAGCAGCUGCUGCAUUUGACGUGUCAUCUCCACGCCAAGAGAGUUUCUGUGCUGGAUCUGCACUCUGACUCUCUGCACACAGCCGCCGAAUGCCGCGAGGACAUCGAGCCAGGGACGAGCUGCCCGCACGCUGAACAGGCCGAGGACUCGGAGGGAUUUUGCGGGUACGGAGACGAGGAGAAGGACGACUGGAGCGUGUCGGUGAGCCCCCGAGAGCAUGGCCCGGUGCCCCUUGAGGUUUGGGUGUGUCUCCAGUCUGGGAGAGAUUAUUGCCCAUCGGCGGAGGGAAGGGAACGGCCUGUUACCGCACGCAGCUUGAGUGAGUGUGAGAGCGCAGGAGAAGGGGGGAGCCCGCCCGUGGGAGGGUGCGGUGAGCAGGAAACCGAACAGGAGGCCACAGAGGGAGAGGAGCAGGAAGUAGAAGAAGAAGAACAAGACGACGAGACACUCGGUGGAAGUUUAGUCAUGGGCCAGUCCCGGUCCUCACACGGCUCUGACGCUGAAGGCGAGGAGCCUCACCAGGAUGGCGAGGUGUUGACUCACGCCCCGGACCUUUCUUUAGACGACCAGGAAACCGACAGCGCAGGCUUGGCCCCCUUAUCAGCAGAAGAGGACCUCCCAGUUCCGUCCGAGUGUGCCUGCGAUGAUGUCACCAGGGAGUCAGAUGUUCCACCCCUCGGUGAGGGGGAACCUCCGGUCGACGUACACGGCUUGGAAGAAAACCAGGAAACAGCUGCUCGGGAUUACGCCGCAGAGCAGGAGCAACAAAGCACAGGUCAGACCACUUCUAUGGAGGUACUUGUAGCUCUCGAAGACGCGUCCGCGACGUCGGACUUUGCCGACGGAGCCGGUCAGGACAAGAGCGAGGGUCCGCCCGAGCAGGCCGAUCUGGAUUCCGGCCUCACCCCCAGCCUGUCCAGCGACGACGACGUCAGUUUCCAGUCAGUCGGAAGCUGCACGACGGACGUGUUCCACCCGACUGAGGAAAGCGUCUCCCUCGAGGAGCAAAACUGGACCAACGCGGAGACGCCAUGUGACAGCAGCACACGUUCUCCGCCGUCGGACGCGGACCCGCCCGAGGGGGCUGCCGGCGAUGGCGACCUCGGCCUCGGCGGCGCCUCCGAGCCCGAAGAACCGCUGCUCAGCGUCCGAACGGCUGAGGAACCAGAGGAACAAGGUGCCCCGGCAGAGCCUUCGGAGGAACCAGAGGAGCAAGGUGCCCCGGCAGAGCCUUCGGAGGAACCAGAGGAACAAGGUGCCCCGGCAGAGCCUUCGGAGGAACCAGAGGAGCAAGGUGCCCCGGCAGAGACUUCGGAGGAACCAGAGGAGCAAGGUGCCCCGGCAGAGCCUUCGGAGGAGGACCCAGCCUCUGUGGUGGAGGAUGGAGACGGAAACAGUGCUGAGCAGAAUGAAGAGGGGGAGGCCAUCGUGUCUGAACACGCCGGGACCGGCGAAGCGCUGAAAGGAGACGAGCCCGAUUCUUCCACGAUCCAUCGAGACACAGAGGCGUCCUUCCACCAGCCCCUCAACGCUCAGAACUCAGGGUCUUCACAGUCGUCCACCUUGCCCGCUUUGUCCAGUCGGACCAUCAGCAGCAGCAACAGUUGCUCCUCCGCCACACACAGAGACUCAGGCAGCGAUGCUGAAAGUCUGCUGAGCGCCGAGGUGGCAUAUGACAGCGUCUUCAUCAAGAAUGACGAGCCAGUGACGGGCGGCGACAGCACCAGCGAGGUCUCCAUCUCCUGCUCGUCCACGGACGACACGGCCAGCGUGGGUCCGUCCAGCUCCAGUCCCGACGGCAGCCAGGGUCUGGGCAGCAGCUGGAGCCCGGAGGAAGUCAUCACGUCGCGGGGGGCCUCCGUCUCCACGGACGGAGGCGGCGGGGGCGCGGGAAUACUGGGCAGGGAGGCCGAGGAGGAGGCCAAAGACCGAGUGACGGAGGUGCCGCGGCGCUCCUGCCUCCUCCGGAGCAGCCUGCGCUCCUUGUCGCCUCUUCGCCGCCACAGCUGGGGACCCGGGAAGAACAACGGAGGACACGGCGCCAUGAACCAGAGAAGCUACAGCCUGGAGGGCCUGAGCGGCGGCCAGGAGGAUGUCAGGGGCUUGAUGCGCCAGGGUCCCCGCAUCCAGGAGCCUUCCAGGAUGCUGCGGCAUGACGUGGACGAGCGGGGCUCGCUGGUAUCGCUCACGGAGGAGCGGGAGGAAACGGGGGAUCUUGGCGGCCUGGAACUGCUGAAAUCCAGACGCUAUCGGCCCCUGAGGAACAGCUGCCCGCCCAUGACCCUGCCCCUCACCAAGUCGGUGUCCAUGCUCGCCAUCAGCCACCGAGACAUUGACGGCAUGAGGUCGUUCUCCAGCCCUUCCGGCUCAUUAGCAUACAGCAUAUCAGAGGAGGAGCCCGGCCCUCUGCGGAGCGACGCCGAGGGGAAGGGCGCCACCAAAGUUAGCCGCACCUUCAGCUACCUCAAGAACAAGAUGUACAAGAAGACCAGGGAAAAGGAGCGAGACAAAAGGGAUAAAGAGAAGGAAGUCAAAGAGAAGGACAAGAAGGCGGUGAACGGCCAUCACUUCGCCGCCGUCAGCUCCGGCCAGGCGCUGCCGUGCUCCCAGUGCUCCCAGUGCAAUAAGGCCUUCAGCAGCAAGGAGACGUACCAGUGCACAUACUGUAAUGCCUGCGUGCACAAAGGCUGCAGGGAGGGCCUGCCUGUCUGCGCCAAGGUAAAGAUGAAGAUGCCCAGGCAGCAGUUCACCGUGCCGGAUUCCAGCUCCUUCCCCGGAGUCACCAUGAGGAACAAAUCGGGAGGUACGAGGGAGCGUCCCUGGUCAGCCAUCUUGUCCCCGGAAGACCACUCCUCCAUGACCAUGCCGCCGUCGUGCCGCAGACACACGGGCCUCAUGCCUUUCCACGGCAACAACCUGUCCAAGAGUCUGUCCAUUAGCAACAUUGCCGGUCCAGUGUUUGACGAGAUGCCCAUCAAAGGCCUGCGCUAUCUGUCCCAGUCCACGGACUCCCUCAACAGGACCAACCAGGUCACAGAGUCCAUGGAAUCCCUCACUGAUGAAGGGACGGAGAUGAUGGACGGACAGUUGAUGGGAGAGUUUGAGGGGGAAGCCAAGGAGCUGGAGGCCGACUCGUGGAGUUUAGGUGUGGAUCAACAGUACCUGCAGCAGCUGGAUCGGGACCUGGUGAAGAGGCAGGACGUCAUCUACGAGCUGAUGCAGACGGAGAUGCACCACAUCCGCACGCUGCGCAUCAUGUCGGAGGUGUACAGCAAGGGCCUGCAAAAGGAGGCGCAGCUGGAGCAGCAGACGGUGGAGAGGCUGUUCCCGGCGCUGGACGAGCUGCUGGAGCUCCACACGCAGCACCUCCUGCGCCUCCUGGAGAGGAAGAAGGAGAGCCUGCUGGACUGCGGGCGGUCCUCGGAGCGGGGCUUCGUGGUGCACAGGAUAGGAGACAUCCUCCUCAGCCAGUUCUCGGGGUCCAAUGGCGAAAGCAUGAAGAAGAUCUACGGAAGGUUCUGCAGCCGCCACAACGAAGCAGUCAACUUUUACAAAGACCUGCUAAACAAAGACAAGCGCUUUAAAGCCUGCAUCAAAAAGAAGAUGAGUAGCAGCAUUGUGCGGCGGCUCGGCAUCCCAGAAUGCAUCUUGCUGGUGACUCAGAGGAUCACCAAGUACCCUGUGCUGAUUCAGAGGAUCCUGCAGCACACCAAAGAGGGCGACGAGGACUACGAGGACCUGACGGAGGCGGUGCGACUGGUCAAGCGGGUGAUCGCCGCCGUGGACGCCAGGGUGAACGAGCACGACAAGCGGCGCCGCCUGAAGGACUUCCACGCCCGCACCGACGGCAAGUCCAUCAUGAUGAUGAAGAGCGGCCAGAUCUUCGCCCGCGAGGACCUCCUGAGGAGGCGGCUGAUCCACGACGGCGCUCUGCAGCUGAAGAGCAUCCAGGGCCGACAGAAAGACGUUCACGCCUUGCUCCUGUCGGACGUGGUCGUCUUCCUGCAAGAGAAGGACCAGAAAUACGUCUUCGCCAUGCUGGACCAGCGCUCCACCGUGCUCUCGCUGCAGAAGCUGAUCGUGCGCGAGGUCGCCAACGAAGAGCGCGGCCUUUUCCUCAUCACGGCCGGCACCGAGAAGCCCGAGAUGAUGGAGGUGCUGGCCAGCUCCAAGGAGGAGCGCAACACGUGGAUGCAGCUCAUCCAGGACGCCAUGCAGUCCAUGGAGAGGGACGAGGACGAGGGAAUUCCCAGCGAGACGGAAGACGACCGGAGACAACUGGAGAACAAGAAGAAGGAGAUGCGAGACCUGCUGAGGCAGAAGGACUCCGAGAUCCUGGGUCUGCUGGAGGAGAAGGCGCGGCUCUUCAAGGGCAUGUGCGUGGGCUCCGGCACGUCCGAGGAGCCUUUCUUCAGGGCGCCCGGCGGCCCCGAGCCCCCCAGGGGGGCGUGCAUCAUGAAGGACGCCCUGCAGGAAGUGGAGACGCUGCAGGGCCUGGUAAACGGCAGCCUGGGCGGGGCCAUGGCCAGCGUCCAGGACGGCGGCGAGGCGGGCCCCGUGUGUUUACCCCGCCGGGCCGAGACUUUCGGCGGCUUCGACAGUCACCUCAUGCACAGCGGAAAGAGCGCAGACCGCGAGGAGAGCGAGGACGCCGCCAGAGAUCUACGCAGGACCGAGUCUGACGGCGUCUUAAAGAAGGGAGGAAACGCCAACCUGCUGCUGCUGCUCAAGAGGAACAGCGAGGUAACGUCCACGCUUCCUGCCGCUAACCCCGUUAGCUGUCGGCAUGGAAACCGCUCUCGCUGUCAGUGGCGCUCGUCAUUUACUGUCCAGUGCCAUGGCAACGCAUCAACAUCCUUAUCAGGGGUCCUCCACAGCGUGUCCAACCUGCACCUGCUGCUCAGCAUGCUGCAGGCGGUGGUGGUGCAGCAGGACAGCUUCAUCGAGGACCAGCGCCAGGCCCUGAGCGAGCGCUCCUCGUCCUGCUCCUCCUCCUCCCUGUCCCGCCCGUCCUCGCGGCCCGGCUCGCUGAUCGAGCAGGAGAAGCAGCGCAGCCUGGAGAAGCAGCGGCAGGAGCUGGCGGCGCUGCACAAGCAGCAGGCGGCGCACGCCGAGGAGCGGCGCCGGCGCGAGAAGGAGUGGGAGAGCAGGGAGCGGCGGCUGGGCGAGAAGGAGACGCUGCUGCGCCUGCAGGAGGCGGAGCUAAGCAAGCAUCAGAAGGACGUGCAGGAUGAGAGGCAGGACCUGCAGGGCAGGAAGGAAGACUACCAGAGGGACCUGGAGAGACUGAGGGACGCUCAGAGGAAGUUGGACAAAGAGCGGGAGUUGCUGCAGAGACAGAUGGACAAGAUGGAGGAGCGCCGACGGGCUGAGAGGACGCCCUCCACCACGUCCGAGGAGUCCCAGUUGGCGGGCAGCUCCCAGUCCUUGGACCAGGACCGGGACCCGGCGGACGUGUCGCCCUCGCAGCGCCCCAAGGCCAACAAGACGCGAGGCCUCAACCCCUUCACCUCGUCCUCGUCCUCGGCCUCGGCCGACGCCAACAAGCAGCUGACCAAGAGCCUGAUGCAGCUCGCCAAGCGCAAAGACAAGCGCAAGAAGAAGGUCAAAGGUCAAGGCGCAGACCCCGAGCCUCCUCUUGACGGCCAGAUCUUCUUCUGCUGAGACCUGACAGGAAGUGGACCUCUGGCCACGCCCACACCUUGAGGACAGGAAAUGGAAGUGCAUUAAAAGGAAAUGAAAGAAAAAAAGUCAACGUUGACGUUUAAAGUGCAAACAAAUUGACAAAAAGCUUCGAUUGGACAGGAAGACGUGGUCACGUGAUCUCCUGCGGCCAUCUUCCAUGAAAUCUUCUUUGGACGUCUCCUUUUCUUCUUCGUUGGUUCUCGCUUUGUUUUUGUUGGGAUUGCACGCCAAUCAUCAUCUUUUAUCCUCGACUCGGUUACCAGCGAGCGGCCGUUAAAUGUGCGCAGUUUCUGGAACGUCACGCUGCUUCUAUCUCAUCUUCUAACUUCACAUCAAAUCACCUUUCAUUGUGUUUCUUUACGCUGAAAAAUGGCGUCUCUGCAAAAUGUUUACAGAUGAAAAAGUUGCAUUAGUUACUAAAACAUGUUUUUCGUUAACUACCUGCGGGUCAGGUACAGCUGCGCCCCCUGCUGGUAGAUUUGGAGAACCACAAUUUUCCCCCCUCCCCCGCGCUGUUUUUGUUGGCGAGUUGGCAGGAAGCAGCUUUAAAAAGGGGGCGGAGCCGACACGUCUUCUUCCCGCCUCCUGAAAGACGGCCGGCGGCCGAAUGCACUAAAAAGCUUUUGUAACGGGAAGAAAAGAAAAAAAGCGUUUGUACGAAGAAAACACAAAUGUAAAUAUGAUCUAUGUAUAAAACAAAUCACCUGUACAAAAAAAAAGGUUACUUUUUGUGAUUUAUUACAAUAUUUUCUAAGAAUGUUUAUUUAUGUUUUAUUCUCUCCCUGUUUGGGGGAGGCGAUAAACAUGUGAUGUUUCGCUCCUAAUUAAAACAAAG